GCUGGCCUGUGUUUGGCAGCCAUCUGGCUUUUACUGUGUUUGUCGUGAUAUCUCUGCUUUGUCGCGUCGGGCCUGCAACAAAAGUCUCAUCUCAGGUUGUUACUACUGUUUGAAGCAGUAGUCCUAUGUAUAUGCCAACUCGUAAAGUGAAGGCUCCUAAGCAACACAUCCAGAAUGCUGGAGGAACUCAGCAGGUUGGGCAGCAUCUAUGAAAAAGAUGGAGUAAACAGUCGACGUUUCGGGCCGAGACCUUUCUGUUUGUCUGUAGCAGAACUGAACUUCCGCACACUGUAACGAGAUACACUUAACAAAUUCACAGUCAAAAUAGAUUGACCUGUAUAAAUACCUGCGAACAGUUCUCUCCCAGACAAUUCGCAGCUGUUUAAAAUUAUUCUGGCCUCAGCACGAAGAGCUAAACUUGCCUUGUUUGAAGCUAUCUGAUUGACAAUAUUUGAAAAGGUACAGCUUGUUAUGAUUUGAAAGAUCGAGCAAUCGCAUGAACCAGCAUUAUUCUACCAGCACUCGCUUAACUGUCUCUUAAUUCUAGCUGAAUGGAGUUCAAUUGACAUGGCCACCUCUAGUCGGUAUGUACAAAGUAGGUCCCAGGGGCAAGAUCGGUUUGAUUAUCUCCAAGCCCUUGUUACUGAAUUUCAAGAUACUGACAGUCAAGAGUCAAAGGAGCAAGUUCUGGCAAACCUGGCUAAUUUUGCUUAUGAUCCCAGUAACUAUCAGUAUCUUCGACAGCUGCAGGUCAUUGACCUAUUCCUGGACAUGCUCACAGAAGAAAAUGAAAGAUUUGUAGAAUUUGGAAUAGGUGGUCUCUGUAACUUGUGCCUUGACAAACAGAACAAAGAAUAUAUUUUACAGAAUAAAGGAGUUCAGGCAGUACUGGACUGCUUAUCCAGCUCUAAUGAGGAAACUGUGCUGUCUGCCAUUACCACGUUAAUGUACCUAGUGACUCCUUUGUCCCACAAAGAAAUAGCAUCAAUGCCGGUUAUUCAGUGUAUGCUACGGUUUUCUCUGUCCAAAAACAAGCGUCUGAGUAACUUAGCAACUUUGUUUCUAAAAGAUGUCUGCUCUUCAGAAGAAGUAGAAAAAGCCAGAAAUCUGCAGAAUCACACAGCUUUGGGAAUACCACUUCCAAAAGAAUAGGCUCAGAAAAUUCUGAUGCUUCGGGAAAGGAGUUCAUGGACUCAUCACUGUGUGAUGAACUGUCAUUACAAAAAUUGCAUGUGAAUACUGUGUUUUAUCUGAAUUGUUCAGUUUCUCAAUAGUUUAUGGUGUAAUAUCUUGCUAUGGAGACCAUACUGUUAAAAUUUAAGUUGAGGGUCUUCUCUUAUAGUUAAAGCAUAAAGAUUACUUAAAAUUACUUGGUAGAAGGGCAAGAAAGUUUUCUUAAGUGCCCUGGCCAUUAUUAAUCCCUUGUGCAUCUUUCGCUAAAAUUAUUGUACUUUGUUUUGCAGAGGUUUAUUGUUUGUGAAUUGGCUGACACAUUUUCUACAUUUUUAACAGUGAUAGCACUUCAAAAAUACAUCACUGCCUGCUUUGGGAUUGAAAAGGUGACUCAAAGUCUAUAAGAAAGCUGUAUUAUCUUUUAUUGAUGGAUUGCAAUUUUAUUUUCAGUCCCAGUUCGCUAUCUGAUAAUGAUAUUGCUGACGAACCUGCCUGCAUGUGUUGGCACAUUUUAGGUGAUAGUGAAUGCAAUUUUGCUUCAGGUGUCAUCUUUCAUGUGAAAUAUUAAAACUUGAUCCUGCUCAGGUAAUUAAACAUUUUUCGCAGCAUCUUAUUAAACCACUGUCUGUCUAAGACUAAAGACAAGAAAAACUUUAAUUGAUCAUUCAUGAGAUGUUUAUGGUUCAUUUGUUAUAUUCAAGUUGUUACACUCCUUAAAUAACUCACUGCAGGAUACUAACAUAUCAGGAGUGGAAUAAAAGUUCAAGUUGUGACUAAGUGAAUAAAACACAUUGUGCGUGGGAUGUUGAAGAUGUUGGUGUCACAAUCUUGUCAUAAUUUUGGACUGCAACUGAUCAAUCAGAUAUAUCAAGGGUAAUGCCGGGUAAAAAUAGUAAGACUUGCCAAGUUGUAAACAAUUUUUGUUCCAACUAAUGAUAACAUGUUGCAGCGACUUUUGGUUUUUCUAGGUGGAAGGAUUUAUAACCGUUGCCCAUCCUUAUGAUUCUGUAUUACUGAGGUUUCCUGAGGCCCCAUUCCUGUGAUCCCUUGAAACACCCUGAUGCCCAGUUUCCUACAUUACAUUCCCUUUCCAUUUUUGUUCUGAGUUUUUUUUGCGGAAAGGUGUGAUUUGGGGGUUGAUGAUAGUGCUGCCUUUCUUUCAAGGUUUCAUGGUUACCCAGAGGAUUAAUGAAUUUCAGAGUUGUAUAUUUUGAUAAUAAAUGAACCUUUGA